UGCGGGAGGCGGUGCCUUUGCUUCCGGUUCCGGUGGGUCUCGGCUCAGCUGCAGCUUCAGGAGGGCGGGGGAGAUGCUGCCCGCUCCCAGGGGGCGGGCCGGGGCCAAGUUCCUGAAACUCACAUUUGCGGUGCGCACCAUGGCUGGAGAGCCUACGGUCUCGCUCCCUGAACUCCGUUCGCUCCUGGCCUCGGGCCGGGCUCGGCUCUUUGACGUGAGAUCCCGGGAGGAGGCGGCGGCUGGAACCAUCCCUGGGGCUCUCAACAUCCCGGCUGGAUGCCUGAGUUUGCCCGCGCCUCCUCACAAACUAGGGAAGUGGCUUCCAUUCAGAGGUGGUUUGGCUGACCUCCUGGGCAGAUGUGUUCGACCACAGGACCGGUCCUUCCAGACCCAACCACUGAACCUGAGAUUGCCCGACUGCCGGCUUUCCAUUGUAUCCUCUCGACUCCUCCUCCCAGUUUCAGAGUUGGAAAGCGCCCUGCAGAUGGAGCCAGCUGCUUUCAAGGCCUUGUACUCCGCUGAGAAGCCAAAGCUGGAAGAGAAUCUCAUUUUCUUCUGUCAGAUGGGCAAGCGGGGCUUGCAGGCCACGCAGUUGGCCCAGAGCCUUGGAUACAAAGGGGCUCGGAACUAUGAAGGGGCCUAUAGAGAAUGGCUCCAGAAAGAAGGUUAGGUAGAAUGUGGCUUACUGAAUGCUCCCUCCCCGCUGCCAGUGGCCGCCUUAACUAAGAGUGAUGAAGGGGCUCUUGUUGGGUUGAGCAACUUCUUACAGUGCUGUGCAUGAAAAGCAGCAAAUAAAGAGCAUUUAAUCGAA